AAUCUGGAGAAGUACGAUAUAAAGUUGGGGAAUCGGAAAGUCUAAGCGGCAUUAAGCAAAGAACUUGGCCCAGUGAGGAACUUUAGUACAUUUUCUAUAAGUCUAGCCCAGGAAUAAUGUGUCAAGCAAUCAUUGAAGAUGGAGGUCGUCUGACCCAAAUGACAAAGCGUAUAUUUAUACAACUAUUUUUAAUUUUCGGUUUCACCUAUUUCGUCUCGUCCAAAGGUACUAAGUAUUUAAACCAUGUUGGAAAUCGCCAUGUGUUCUAUCAGACCAAAUCAUCACUACUUAUUCAUUCCCAAGAAAGUCUCAACUACGCUGCAGGUGUUCACACCCUAGUAACUAUUGUUGUUCCAACCGGACAGCGGGUACGUCUUUUAAUCGAAGAAAUGGAACUGGAAUACAUUGGACAGACGUGCAAUGACGUAGUUAAAAUUUUUGAUGGCCCGGAUGCUAACUCCAAACUUUUGACAGACGCCUCUGGCCUCUGUGGCAGUAAAAAGGGAAAGCAUUACACUUCAACCCUAAACAUCAUUACCUUCAUGUUUACAACCGAUGCUAAUGUUCAGGACACAGGUUUCGUGAUUCUGGCUACGUCAUUCUUUACAGGUGAAUGCGGUAUAGAUGAAUUUCAAUGUGACAAUGGGUUGUGUGUCAAUAAGUUGUUGAUCAAGGAUGGACAUGACAACUGUGCAGAUAAUUCAGACGAAUUGCUUGAUAAACAUACGUGGGGCCAUUUGUUAUGUGAUAAUGGGAAGAGCAUUCCAGACCCAAGUGUUUGUGACGGCCAUGAUGAUUGUGGAGAUUACUCCGACGAAACAUCAUGUGAUUGUAUAGAUUUACAGUAUGAAUGUCAGGAAGGUGUUUGUCGAACUCAGGAAGUCAAUAUGUGUCCAGGUGUUCCUCAGGUGUUUAGCCAAUCUAACAAUGACGAGUCAUACUCAGGUGAGAUACCUAAUAUGCCUUUCAUACCUUAGGUUA